GGUCUCAGUCGUAGUCUGCAAUGGUUCUGGCAAACUCGUGUGCAAGGUUGACCAUUAGGGUCUCUGGUAGGUUGCCUCUUAACCACACUCGCACGCGCUUUUUGUCCUUGCAGUACUCCAGACCACUGCCAAAAAUCUCUCCAUAUGGCCUGUCUAACACGAGGAACUAUUGGUGGUCCAAAUCACCCGUCCCAGAGCCAUCUAAUCCAGUGGUGACAUCUUCUCCAGAACAUCCACUCGUACCGCAGGACUCACCUUCAGUACCGGAAACACCUUCAUUGCCUGCUAGUAAUGACACUGUCAACUCCGCUCAAUCUACGUCUAACACCCCAGAGGCGUCGGCAGCACUGGCAGUUCCCACUGCCCAGAUCCCAGAACCACCUGUACCCGACGUGUCUCCCAUACCUACCGUGUCAGACGUCAUUCCUCCUCUCAACUACGGCGAUUUUGCUGAACUUGGAAUUGCCGGCUGGACACCCGCGGGAAUCAUCAGAUGGUCUUUCGAGCUCCUCCAGGUCAGCACAGGGAUGCCAUGGUUCUAUGCCAUCAUCGCCGGGACAUUACUAUGGCGAGUGGCUCUUGUGCCGGUUAGCGUGGCUAGCAUACGGAACUCUGCGCGUCUCCUUCCAUUCACCAGCCAACUGAUGACCCUCGGCGAGGAGACGAAAAAUGUUCCAAAGGGAGAUAGACUUGCUAUGCAGCGUAUUCUUCUGAAGCGACAGAAAAUAUACGAGCAAGCCGGCGUUAGGGUCGGGCCUUCCAUGUUCUUGCCGUUCAUUCAAAUCCCUGUUACGUUUGGAAUGUUCCUGGGCAUCAAGAAAAUGGUUCAGCUACCCGUCGAGCAGCUCAAACAAAGCGGGAUUGAUAUCUUGCCAGAUUUGACCAUGGCUGACCCUUACUUCAUCCUACCGAUUCUUACUACAGUCAUGGUGAACAUUCAAAUGACCGUUAUGAGAAAAGACAUGAAUAUUGCUGAACGUCCAGAGAUGGCGCAUUUCAUGAACUUUAUGCGGAUAUUGUCUGUCACGGGUCUUCCCUUCAUGGGCCACUUACCAUCUGGAUUAUGGCUAUCGGUUGUUACUGGUGUCACUGCAACUGCACUGCAGUCGUUAAUACUUCAGCAAGCCGCUGUGCGUCAUGCGCUGAAGAUUCCGCCCCUUGUGAAGCAGGCCAUGCCCUUCCCCACGAUGAUACAGUCCCUGCGAUUUGCUCAGACAUGGUGGCAGAACCGAAGCAAAGUCACUGCAGCCAAGGCCCGGAGAUGAUAGUCUAUAUAGCAUUUCGAUAUAACAUAUAACUGGUUUAAUAUUUAGAUGUUCCCCACUCACUCGUUCGCUGUCAUAAAUACUGUUAUCGAGGCACGUAUGUUAUGG